GUGGCUGCGUUCCGUAAAAUGCACAUCUGCGCAUAUGCGCACAUAUGCGCUCAAAAUAUCGUUUCUCUAUAGCGCAAUAUGCACGCAGUGGCUAUGCUGUCUAUAAAACGUCGCUACGUUACGAACUUGGCUUUAACAAACUGCGCACAUAAACUGCUUCAAAUCCGAGGUAGAGGCAGAUUCCUAACCUAUAAAAGAUUCAAUAUUUUUUCAUUGAAUAAAAAAAAACUUUAAAAGAUUUACCAAGUAAUGAAGAAAAAACUGUGUCAUUUUGGUCUGUGAGUGAUACUCGUCUUCUUCUCCAUUUAUUUCAACAAAAAGAAAAUGACUUAAAAGAAGGACAUGGUAGACAGGGGCAAUUUUGGGAAAUAAUUGCCAAGGAAAUAAAUACAAUCAAUCCUACUUUAAGAAAAACAGUAAUUCAAUGCAGCAAUAAGCUUGCUUCUUUAAAAUGUACUUACAAAAAUAUAAAAGAUAUUACAACAAGAAAUCUGGGAAUAAUCGAAAAACUUGGGCCUUUUACAAAGACAUGGAUGAAAUUUUUGGGAAUUGGGCAUGUGCUACUCCAAAAUAUCUGGCAGAAGUUUCCAGUGGAUUGUCAUCUUCUUCAAGUGAACUUUCAAAUAGUUCAUCAUCAUUAACAUCUUCGACAGAACCUAAGAGAAAAAGAAAGUCUCUUUUACAGGAUCUAAUGAAUGAAACAAGAACUCAUUAUGAAGAAAGAAAAACACGAGAUAAGAAAAAACUUAAAAUGUUUGGCCAAUUUAGAAAAGAAAGACUAAAAAUGCACGAGGAAAAAAUGACUGUACAGAAACAGUUGUUGCAAGUAAUGACGCAAAUAUACUCAAUAAAGAAUACAGACAAUGAAUAGUUAACGGGGACAUUAAUGUUAAGUAUAUUUCAUUUUCUUGCUAUUUCAUAAAAUAUAUAUGUGAUAUGGUUUCAUUUAAACAUAUAUUAAAACGAUUAUAUUAAAAGUUACAUAUAUAUAAUUACACGUUUAAUAUUAACAUAAUUUAUGUUUUUGAGAUUUAAAGAAUAUAAUAUGUAAUUGAUUAAAUGAAAGUAAAUAUUUUAUUUGUUGUUGGUAAUUAAUAGUUUGGCAAAUGUAUCUACUAUAAGGCAGGUUUUUAUUUCUUUAUAAGAUUUGUCUGUGUACAACAUAAUUUUAAUUUAAUAAUUGUGAUUAUUUAGUUUUAUAUAUGUGUAGUACAAUAUUACCACAAACAAAAAUUUAGUAUAAGAUAAAACUGUGAUGUUGAAUUGCAAUCGUUUCCAAAAAUAUGUAACGAUGCAUAUCGUUACGUAAUAAUAACAACGCAAGCCGAACACCGCGAACCG